GAAACAGCAUUUACAUCACACUCUUUCCUAACCUUUUCCUAAUUUUCCUCCUCUGCUAUAUUCUCUCUCCUGUGAUCUACGCAGUUGAUCACCUGUGGAGUUUCCAGAAUGCAAUCUAUGGGCAGGUUUUGUUUUGUUUUCAUUCACGCGUUUGUACUGUUGAAGUUGUUGAGUCGUACUUGUUUUUUCUGAGUUUCUCUCCUGAUGUGUAAUUUGAGAAAUUCUUUUCUCUGGUGAAUAAAAUUUGAGAAAUUUAUUGGUUAUGGAAUCGUUGCUUUGUGAAUAUGGUGGCUUUGAUUAUGGUCUUGAGGGAAUGAGUGGGUAGUUGCGGGGCUUUCGGCAUGUGGGCAACUCUUGCUUUGAUCAAUGAAUGCGUUGUACCGUUUUGGAGUUCUUGGCGUGUAAAUGGAAAGACUUUGGCUGGGUUUAACUUUUGUGGGGAUUCAAAUUUUCUAAUUUCUUGUUGGAUUCCAACAUUACUCUCUCUGCUACUUGGAUUCUUGUUUAAUUGAGUAGCUGCGUUUGGCCGAAUUGGAAUCUGGGUGUUUUGACCUAUUGCUUCUGGUUUUUUUGGAAGUCUUGAUAAAUGGAGGCUAAAUGUAGAGGCAAAGCUCAUGAAUUAUAUGGUCCGGCGGUUCCAGAUUUGAAGGGAGUUGGGAAUAAGAGUUUGGAAUGGGAUUUGAAUGACUGGAAAUGGGAUGGAGAUCUCUUCAGAGCAACUCCAUUGAACUCUCAACGAUCAGAUUGUCAGAGUAGGCAGUUAUUUCCAGUUGAACCAGAAAUUCCAGAAAAUGCUGGUCUGUCCAACAGUUCAUCUUUUGGCUCAGAUGAGAUCAAUCUAUUGGAUUAUGGGGGCAAGAGGGAAUUGGAGAAGCGGAGGAGGGCAGUGGCCGUUGAAGAUGAAGAAUUGAAUGGUGAAAUUGGGUCUCUUAACUUAAAGCUCGGUGGGAAAGUUUACCCUAUCAUGGAAGGGGAGUUGAAGAGAGGGAAGAAGACAAAGGUUGUUGGGACUAUGGCGAACCUUGCGGUUUGUCAGGUAGAGGACUGCAAGGCUGAUCUCAGCAAUGCAAAGGAUUACCACCGACGACAUAAGGUUUGUGAAAUGCAUUCCAAGGCCAGCAAAGCACUGGUGGGAAAGGUUAUGCAGCGGUUCUGUCAGCAGUGUAGCAGGUUUCAUGUUCUUCAACAGUUCGAUGAUGGAAGGAGAAGUUGUCGCAGACGUUUAGAUGGCCAUAAUAGGAGGAGGAGGAAAACACAUCCUGACACUCUGGUUAACGGAGGCUCUCUGAAUGCUGAAAGAGGUAGCAGUUAUAUACUAAUAAGUCUGCUAAGAAUUCUCUCCAACAUCCAUUCAAAUAGCUCAGAUCAAACAAAGGACCAGGAUCUGCUAUCUCAUCUGUUGAUGAACCUAGCCAAUACAGUUGAUGGAAGGAACAUAUCUGCAUUACUCGAGGGAUCUCAAGGUUUGCUGAAUGCUGGGACAUCUACUGGGGCCUCACAAAAGGUGCCUGAUGUUAUUCCAAAUGGCUCUGAACACUCUAGGCCUUAUAGUUCCGCCUCUAAGAUGGAUGAUUGUGUCAACGUUCAAGACCAUUGUAUUCCUGUGGGACAAUCCAUGACAGCGUUUGCAUCUGUUAUGGCACAGAAAAGAAUAUGUUCAGAUGAUGCUGAGGGUGGACAUCUAAAAGCUCUAUCAGGUGCACAGGGCACAAAUCUGCCUCCAUCAAGGGAUGGGCUUCCAUCCAAAUCAAUUAUAUCAGAGACGAAAGUUGGGGAGGUCAAAUUAAAUAAGAUUGAUUUGAAUAAUGUAUACGAUGAUUCAGAAGACUAUAUUGAGCAAGUAGGGAGGUCUCGUGCACCUGAAAACUCAGGGACUGGGUUUAUUGGCCUUCCAUUAUGGCUACAGAAAGACCCUCAUAAGUCUACCUCACCUCAGCCAAGUGGCAACUUGGAUUCAACUUCCUCACAGUCACCAUCUAGUUCCAGUGGAGAGGUUCAGGGUCGCACUGAUCGAAUAGUUUUCAAACUCUUUGGAAAAGAUCCAAACGAUUUACCUCUUGUUCUCCGAACACAGAUCCUCGACUGGUUAUCCCAUAGUCCUACAGAUAUAGAGAGCUAUAUAAGGCCAGGCUGUAUCAUAUUAACGACAUACCUCCGUCUAGAAAAAUCCAUGUGGGAGGAGUUUUGUCGUGACCUGGGAUCCUAUCUGAGAAGGCUACUUGAUUCAUCCAAUAAUUCUUUCUGGAGAACAGGAUGGGUAUAUAUUAGGGUGCAACAUUGUGUGGCAUUUAUGUAUAAUGGUCAGAUUGUCUUAGACACACCCUUACCUUUGAAAAGCAAUAAAAAUUGCAGGAUUUCAAGCAUUAAGCCAAUUGCUGUUUCCUUAUCUGAGAGUGUUCAGUUUAUCGUAAAAGGCUUUAACCUUUCUCGGCCCACUGCUAGGUUACUCUGUGCUCAAGAAGGGAAGUAUCUGGUCCAGGAAACUUGUUACGACUUGAUGGACGGCGCUGAUGCAGCCAUUAGGCAUGAUGAACUCCAAUGCCUCAGCUUCCCCUGCUCUAUUCCAAAUGUUAUUGGGAGAGGGUUCAUUGAGGUUGAAGAUCAUGGUCUCAGCAGCAGCUUCUUUCCAUUUAUAGUUGUAGAGAAAGAAGUCUGUUCUGAGAUCUGUAUGCUUGAGCACACAAUUGACGUGGCUGAAACUGUUGAUGACAUUCAGAGAAUGCCUGAACUGCUGGAAGCCAAAACUCAAGCCCUGGACUUCAUACAUGAAAUAGGUUGGCUGCUUCAUAGAAGUCAUGCAAAAUUUAGAUUAGGUGACAUGGAUCCAAACCAGAAUCUCUUUCCCUUCAAACGGUUCAAGUGGCUCAUGGCAUUCUCCAUGGACCAUGAUUGGUGUGCCGUAGUAAAGAAACUCCUGGACAUUCUUCUUGAGGGUGUAGUUGACACUGGAGACCACCCUUCCAUUGAGCUUGCAUUGUUGGAUUUGGGUCUCCUCCACAGAGCUGUCCGGAGAAACUGCAGGCCUAUGGUUGACCUCCUGUUAAGAUUUUUCCCAGAUAAAGUUUUGGAUAAAAGAGGAGCCCAGGAAAAGCAACAGGUUGAUAAUGCCUAUAGUGGCUUCUUAUUUAAACCUGAUACAGUAGGGCCUGCAGGACUUACUCCUCUUCAUGUCGCUGCCAGUAGAUCCGGCUCUGAGAACGUUUUGGAUGCCUUAACUGAUGAUCCUGGACUGGUUGGAAUUGAAGCAUGGAAAAGUGCUCGUGAUAGUACAGGUUUGACACCCAAUGAUUAUGCUUGCCUGCGAGGCCACUACUCCUACAUACAUCUUGUCCAAAAGAAAUUGAGCAAGAAAUCAGAAAGCAGGCAUGUGGCACUUGAUAUCGCUGGUGCUGUCCUAGACUUCAAUAACAAAAGGAAGCAAUCAGAUGGGCAUAAGUUGUCAAAAGUUGCCAGCCUGCAAAUUGAGAAGAUUGAAAUCGGAGCAACUUAUCGACAUUGCAAGAUAUGUGAGCAGAAGCUGUCUUAUGGCAGCAUGAGAAGAUCACUGGUAUACCAGCCGGCAAUGCUUUCAAUGGUGGCAAUUGCUGCCGUUUGCGUGUGUGUGGCUUUGCUCUUCAAAAGCUCACCUGAAGUUCUUUACGUGUUCCGGCCAUUCAGGUGGGAACGGUUGAAGUACGGGUCAAGCUAAGGUGCUUAUGUUUAGGGGGUGGGCUUAGAUAUCACCAGAGUAUACUGUAUGUAUAUGCAUGCAUUAGUGAUAAGCCAUUAUAUUAUAUUUACAUGGGGAAAAACUCAAAAGAGUGUUAAUCCAUUAUACAGAAAUGAAUUCACUGCUUCA